AUGGCGUCCGCAGGGUCGAACACCAUUAAGGUGGUCGCCCGUUUCCGUCCCCAGAAUAAAGUAGAGCUAAGCUCUGGCGGUACACCGAUUGUCGAGUUUGAGAAUGACGAAUCAUGUGCUAUUAAUUCGCGAGAGGGCACGGCCUCCUUCACCUUCGAUCGUGUCUUUCCGAUGGGCUCGGCGCAAGUUGACGUCUUCGACUUCUCGAUCCGGCCCACUGUGGACGAUAUUCUGAAUGGAUACAACGGAACGGUUUUCGCGUAUGGUCAGACAGGUGCCGGAAAGUCGUAUACGAUGAUGGGUUCCGACAUUGAUGACGAGGAGGGAAAGGGUAUAAUUCCACGUAUCGUCGAGCAAAUCUUUGCCAGUAUUUUGACCAGUCCGAGCAAUAUUGAAUACACCGUCCGGGUCAGCUACAUGGAAAUCUAUAUGGAGCGCAUUCGUGAUCUGCUCGUGCCGCAGAACGACAAUUUGCCUGUGCACGAGGAGAAGUCCCGCGGAGUCUACGUCAAAGGCCUGUUGGAAGUCUAUGUGUCAAGUGUGCAAGAGGUCUACGAAGUGAUGCGCCGCGGUGGAAAUUCUCGAGCCGUGGCAGCCACCAACAUGAACCAGGAGUCCUCUCGUUCGCACUCUAUUUUCGUCAUCACUGUGAGCCAGAAGAAUAUCGAAACUGGAUCCGCAAAGAGUGGCCAGCUCUUCUUGGUUGAUUUGGCUGGUAGUGAGAAGGUCGGCAAGACUGGAGCGAGUGGACAGACGCUGGAAGAGGCCAAGAAGAUCAACAAGAGUUUGAGUGCUCUCGGAAUGGUCAUUAAUGCUCUGACGGAUGGCAAAUCAACUCACAUUCCAUACCGUGACUCGAAACUCACUCGAAUCCUACAGGAGUCGCUGGGUGGUAACUCCCGGACCACCCUGAUCAUCAAUUGUUCGCCAAGUAGUUACAAUGAUGCGGAAACAAUCUCAACCUUGCGGUUUGGUGUACGAGCCAAGGCCAUUAAGAACACUGCCAAGGUUAAUGCGGAACUGAGCCCGGCUGAAAUGAAGCAGCUUCUACGCAAAGCCCAGACACAGAUGACUACAUUUGAGAGCUACAUUUCUGCACUGGAGACCGAGAUCAACGUAUGGCGUGGGGGUGAAAGUGUUCCCAAGGAUCGAUGGACUCCCGCUCGUGGCAAUGACGUUGUUAGUGCUGCUAGGGCAGAGGCACGCGCCCCUAGGCCAGCUACUCCAUCGCGCUUGCAGGAGACUGCCCGUGCUGAGACCCCACGCCCGGAUUCUCGCUUUGGAGACCGCUCAAGCACCCCCAGCCUGGUGUUGGAGAAGGACGAGCGAGAGGAGUUCCUUCGUCGUGAAAAUGAAUUGCAGGAUCAAAUCGCUGAAAAGGAGACCCAUAUUGUCAAUGUUGAACGUGGUCUCCGUGAAGCUCGAGAGGAGCUGAAAUCCAUGAAAGAGAACGCCGGGCGCUCAGGCAAGGACAACGAUCGCUUAAACACCGAAGUGAAUGAGCUACGUAUGCAGCUAGAGAAGAUUUCUUACGAGGGGAAGGAAGCGGCAAUCACCAUGGAUGGCCUCCGAGAGGCCAACUCCGAACUCACAAGUGAGUUGGAUGAGGUGAAGCAGCAGCUUCUGGACGUUCGCAUGCGGGCCAAGGAGACCACCGCUGCGCUUGACGAGAAGGAGAAGAAGAAGGCAGAGAAGAUGGCAAAGAUGAUGGCUGGCUUUGAUCUGGGUGGUGAGGUGUUCUCAGAAAAUGAGCGCAAGUUACAGUAUCUGAUUCAGCGCGUUGACUCGCUCCACGAGGUUAGCGCGGUGGGAGAGACUAUUGCACCCGAUGACAUUAUUGAGGUUCGGGCCAGUCUGUUAGAGAUCCAAGGAUUAAUCCGACAGGCCGAGUUGACGAUGAAUGACCGAGGCGACUUCAGCGAGCUGCAGGACAGCCGCCGGGUGGAGCUGGAGAAGAAGCUGAACGAAGUUCAACAAGAAUAUGAAGACAUCCUGACCCGGAACUUGGGCGAGGGUGACAUAGAAGAGAUUCGGGAGAGGGUGGAAAAGUCCUUCAUGAGUCGCAAGGAGGCUGAGACCACGGCGGCGGCCGAACUUCGCAGUGAAAUCACUCGCAGAGAUGAGGAAUUGACCAAGAUGCGACAAUCGCUUGUGGACACACAGUCUCGAACCUCCACCAACGGCAACGCCAGCAAGACCUUACAGCAGCAGAUUGCCGAAUUCGAUGCCAUGAAGAAGUCUCUGAUGCGUGACCUCCAGAACCGCUGCGAGCGUGUGGUGGAGCUGGAAAUUUCUCUGGAUGACGCCCGCGAACAAUACAACAAUGUCCUGCGAUCAUCCAACAAUCGAGCUCAACAGAAAAAGAUGGCAUUCUUGGAGCGCAACCUAGAGCAGCUGACCCACGUUCAACGCCAACUCGUGGAGCAGAACAGCAGCCUGAAGAAGGAAGUGGCCAUUGCAGAGAGGAAGUUGAUUGCACGAAACGAGCGUAUUGCCAGUCUAGAGGGUCUCCUCCAGGAGAGCCAGGAGAAGCUGACUCAAGCCAAUCACCGAUUCGAAGCCCAGCUCACUGCCGUGAAAGAGCGCCUAGAGGCUGCCAAGCAAGGUUCUACACGCGGCCUUCCCGUCAUGGACAGCAAUGGGAGUUUUAGCUUUGGCAGGAUCGCAAAGCCUCUUAGAGGAACAGGUGGCUCUGAGGCUGUGAAUACCGACAAGAUUUCACAAGAAACCAAGAGAAGUAGCUGGUUCUUCAACGGCAAAGCUUCUCAAACCUGA